AUGCGCGCGGAGGCAGAAUUCCCUGCGACUGCCCGCAGGGACGACGCCAUCAGGGCCUGGACGCAAAGGGAGCAUGCUAUUUUCAUUAAAUAUUUGAGUGGCGACUUGGACUUGCAGCACCCACCAAACAUCAUCAAGGAGAUCCUGGUGAGUGAACAUCGGGCCAUGGUCGAAGACAUGCAUGAUACUUACUUUAAUGUAACCCUCACUGCUAUUGUACCGGCAUCCGUGAGAUUGUCCGUUCACACGCCACAUGUGACCAUUCUUAAAGAAAUUUUCAACGCUAACACAGACGACCAUACCGGACACGCAAUGGUGAGAGUUUUUCAACAGGAUGUCAAACGCCUCAGUUUUGACGGCAAUCAAACGCUUCACGCAGUUUUCUACUCAAAACGAGCGUCAGCGCGUUGGCAGAACAAGACGUUACGAUUGAAAGCAGCGGUGAUCACACUGAGAUACACGGAACGCCUCCCAGAAGAGAAAGGAGUAGGAGUAUACACCAAUGCCCAGAUGGAAUUGCAGUUCGCUAUCCGGGUGUAUGGAGCAGCACUUACGGCGUCCAUGCACGAAGUGCCUCAAUCCGUGGCAUGGGGCAAGACAGUUCACCCGACGUGGCAACAUCAGUGGAUGCUACCCGCACCUGCAUCCCUGACUGAGGAUGUGGUCCCAGCAACCCCGGACUCUCAGGAGGAACUGACCAUGGGCCCGACUCGGACUGGCACUGACGCUGGGGAUUCAGACCUUCCUAUCCAGGUCGGUCAAUGGUUGGCCAGCUUUGACGGUACAAUGGUUGAAGUGGAGGCGAAUGGGCAGUGCGCCUUCCUGGCUAUGUACGCUUCUACAGUGAAUCACUCUGCAGCAAAGCUCAAGACUACCAAAGCAGUAGUGCGCGAGGCUACCUCUCUUAAGGAUUCCAUCUAUGCCUUAAUGAUGUUCAAUCUUCGGAAAGAUGUUGCGCUGGGGUUGGUGGACCCGAUCGCGGAGUACGCUAAACUCUACCCGGACAAUCCGGCUUACACGUCCACGGAGCCGUCGACAGCAGCCCUUUACGGGCACUACAACCAAGCACGGACGCGGUCGACAGGGGUCAAAGUACCCGCUAGUUUCUAG